CAACUUUUCCAGUGCCUGCGCUCCAGCCUGCUGCCUCUCAGGUCUUGGCCCUCUAUGCGGAGCCGCGGUCGCCCCCAGGGACAGCAGCCUGGUGGCUCAGCAGCCCCUGGCCAGAUGUUCCGCCUCUGAGGCAGCGCGGCGAGCGAGAGGCGGCUGCGGGCUCUGGCGGCGCGCGUCCCGGCGGCGGCGGCGGCGGGAAGGGUGCUGGGCGCGCCCCAGCCUAAGAGCGACUCCGCAGGGAGCGGCCGUGCGGCUGGGGGCUGAGGCGCGGGCAAAGUUCGCGGGAAGGCCGAGCUGGACACGUCAGGAUGGCUAAAGGUGACCCCAAGAAACCAAAGGGCAAGAUGUCUGCUUAUGCCUUCUUCGUGCAGACAUGCAGGGAAGAACAUAAGAAGAAAAACCCUGAAGUCCCAGUCAAUUUUGCAGAGUUUUCCAAGAAGUGCUCUGAGCGGUGGAAGACAAUGUCCGGCAAAGAGAAAUCAAAGUUUGAUGAAAUGGCAAAGGCUGAUAAAGUACGCUAUGAUCGGGAAAUGAAAGAUUAUGGACCAGCUAAAGGAGGCAAGAAGAAGAAGGACCCCAAUGCCCCCAAAAGACCACCGUCUGGAUUUUUCUUAUUCUGCUCUGAAUUCCGCCCCAAGAUCAAAUCUACAAAUCCUGGCAUCUCCAUUGGAGAUGUGGCAAAAAAGCUUGGUGAGAUGUGGAAUAACCUAAGUGACAGUGAAAAGCAGCCUUACAUUACCAAGGCUGCAAAACUGAAGGAGAAGUAUGAGAAGGAUGUUGCUGACUAUAAGUCUAAAGGGAAAUUCGAUGGCGCCAAGGGUCCUGCUAAAGUUGCCCGGAAAAAAGUGGAAGAGGAAGAGGAGGAGGAGGACGAGGAAGAAGAGGAAGAGGAGGAGGAGGAAGAUGAAUAAAAACUCUUGUCUCCUUGUGAAUACCUUAGAGUAGGAGAGCGCUGUGAUUGACACAUCUCUUAUUUGAGCUGUGUCUAUUGCCCUUGUUAGGUUUAAUUACAAGAUUUGAUCACGAUCAUAUUGUAGUUUCUCAAAGUGUCAGUGGUUUACAUGAAGUGGCCAUGGGUGUCUGGAGCGCCCUGAAACUGUAUCAAAGUUGUACAUAGCUCCAAACAUUUUUAAAAUGAAAAGGCACUCUCGUGUUCUCCUCACUCUGUGCACUUUGCUGUUGGUGUGACAAGGCAUUUGAAGAUGUUUCUGGCAUUUUGUUUUCAACGCGUAAGGUAGUGUUAACUAUAUGGUUGGUUAUUGGCUAGAAAUCCUGAGUUGUCAACUGUACAUAUCUAGUUUGUAAAGAGAACAAAACAACCCAGACAGAUUCCUGAUGCUCCUUGUUUGGCGUGAAGGAUGUGAGGGGAAGAUGCCUUUUGGAGGGGGCCGUAGCUCAGGGCGUGCACUGUGAGGCUGGACCUGUUGAUACUGCGGUGGGCAUCCAUUUAGCUUCAGGUUGUCUUGUUUUUGUAUAUAGUUGCAUAGCAUUCUGCUGACAUUCUUAGUUGUGGAAAAGGGGGGAGGGGUCAGCUGGCAUGAGAAGUGUUUGGAUUUUUUUCUUUAGUUAAGUGCCGUAGAUUUUAAACUGUUUUUAAACAAACUGUAGAACUCAUCAUUGUCAGCAAAGCAAGGAACUACUGCAUCAAUGAAAGUUCAAGAACCCUCUGUACCUAAAUGCAAUUUGCAACAUUCUGUUAUUUUUUGUAUGUUUAGAAUGCUGAAAUGUUUUUGAAGUUAAAUAAACAGUAUUACAUUUUUAAAAUUGUUAUGUAUUACAACAGCCUAAAUUUCUGACGCACCAGCCUUAGUGAAGCCACUUACUUUCUUCUGCUUCUAAAACUAAGGUUUCUUCUAGCUAAUGUCAGAUGAAAGAGGGUGGUUGUUACUUGAAGUCCCUUCAUGAUUUGUGUCUGGCAUUAGGGUGAAGCACUGAUCAUGCCAUAGAUAAGGUUUAGCAGCCUACAGAGAUACAGAAAAGCAAGCUCUUAGGAAAAAAAACUGGUCUAGUCAGGUCCUGCCUCUGCCUGCCAGUAUGACUGGGGCUUAAGAUAUCCCAAACUGUUUCACCUUUACUCCAGCAUGUGUACUGGAACAGUUAUUGGGCUUACAAUUAGAAGUCCUAAGCCGCUGCUUUUGUCUCCUGGUCCCCAUGAGGAGGUGUGGGUUGGAAUGGCAAGGGUAGAAGACUUAUAUAUAUCCUCUAUAUAUGUAUUUUACUCCAGAAAAAUCAGAACCCCAGGGAAGAUUGCAGGUUCCACCUUAGGUCUGUGUUUGAAGGCUGAUCUGUCGAUGUUUACUACAGUAUCAUGGAGGACUGGGUUAGUUGCAGAGUUCAUAUUAAUACUUGGAUGUGUAUGUUUAAAAGAAGGAGGAAUUUGAUAAUGGUUUAGUAGCAUUUUUUAAACAGCAGCUUUUAGCCUGGGAUAUUUAGAAUAUGCAUGUCUAGAGAUGUCCUCUCGGUGCUCUCUUAUCUGAGAUUGCUUGAUAAGUCUGGUCACAGCCCAGUCUCUACACACAAACAUUCCCUCACAUCAGAACAAUUUGUCCUUUCUCCAAUUCUACUCAUUAAAAACCCUUGUCCAGAGGCACUUGCUUCAGCCAUGUCCAUGUCACUCGAUAUUCUAACCUGUAGCUGUUGCUGCUGUCCAAUACACAGUGUACAAACCAAGAAUGGUGAGCCAUGGCCAACCUCAUCAAAUAAGGAAGAGAAGCUCAACCUACCCACAGAUGAUUUUUCUUGCUAAGUGGUGCUCACUCAGUCUGCUUGAACCAUGUAGUACCCAUGGAAAGGCAACUAGGAUAUUUCUCUUAGUCUCUUCCAGUAGCCACAUAGAAAUGUCAAGGUGUUUAGUUAAACAUUUCUGAGAUUCAGAUUGUUGGACAGAAACUUAGGUUGAGGCUUGCUUGGUCUGUUAGAUGCUUGCAACAAGAUAUAGUGAAGUGUUUAUGCUAUGGCAAGAUGCUCAGAUGCAUGGUCCUCUGAAGCUUCUGAAAUGCAAUAAUGUGCUUUAAACUUAGCCUAGUUUCUGGACAACUGUGCAUUCUUGCAAUCCCAAAUUUUUAACACUUUUUAACUAAAAGGGCAGUACAUGCUUCCUUGAAGGAUCUCUCCUGCAACACCAACCCAUAAGGUAAGAUGACAUUUUGUCCUUUGGAAAGAACUUGGCUGUAAUAUAGUAGCCAUUGUCUAUUGUGUGUGUGAUCUGGUCACAAAUAAUGGUGGAUGCAUUCAUUUUCUGAAAUAAAAUUUCUUAAUCAGUUUUUUUCCCAAAAGUAA